ACGCCCUUAUGUCAGCUAUGACCACACCCUCAAGUCCAACAUGAAGUCUGUAGCUCAGAAAGACGGCCAGUAGAAACUAACUAAACUAACUCAUAUAAUUUAUUAUAUAAGUCUUGUAGCCUUUAAAUAACUUGAAAAUGGCUGAAGAAGUGUUAAUUCUUAGUCCAAGCAAAAUAACAUUGCAUCUUACCUCAUCUCUGCUGGCAGUGGCUUUCCUCACCUCCUUUGGUAGCUCAAUGCUGUAUGGCUACAACUUAGCUGUGGUCAACUCUCCUGCUGGGUACAUUAAAGACUUCUAUAACCAUACAGUGGUAAGUCGCAAUGGAACUGGAUUUAAUGGGGAGGCCCUGACGCUCAUGUAUUCACUCACCGUUUCUGUGUUUGCGAUUGGAGGCCUGAUCGGCUCUUUGAUGGUGGGCACUCUGGUCACCAAAUUUGGAAGAAAAGGUACAGUGGUCAACUCCACUGUACUGGUGUUCAUAGCGGGAUCUGUCAUGGGGUUUAGCAGGAUCUGCGGUUCACCCGAAAUGGUCAUCUUCGGUCGUUUUAUAACAGGAAUACAUUCAGGUAUCUCUCUCAGCGUGGUGCCCAUGUACCUGGGAGAGAUUGCUCCUAAAAACCUGAGAGGCUUCCUGGGGCUCAUGCCCAGCAUUUUCAUUUGUGCUGGGGUUUUCUCAGCUCAAGUCUUGGGCUUGCAUGAACUUUUGGGAAAGGAGGAGCACUGGCCCCUGUUUCUGUCUCUUGUAGUCACGAUAUGCCACCUGUACAAGCCAAAAUCACUAUCCUUUCGCUCUUCUCCCCAGAUCUGGUUUUACACCAACGACAUCUUUGAGAACGCUGGGAUCCCGACUCCUGAGAUCCAGUACACGACUGUAGGAACUGGAGCUAUAGAGAUCAUUGCAGGCCUCAUAGGGUGUUUCACCAUCGAGCGUCUUGGGCGAAGGCCAUUGAUAAUCGGAGGUUUUGGUGUCAUGGGAAUGUGUUGUGCUGGGAUAACACUGUCUCUCAUUCUUCAAACACAUGUGCCUUUCAUGAAGUAUGUGAGUGUGGGGUGUGUGGUUGGAAUCAUUGCUGGAUUCUGCAUCGGGCCGGCGGGUGUUCCGUUCCUGAUCACAGCUGAGCUCUUCAAGCAAUCCCAUCGACCUGCUGCAUACACCGUGGGAGGAUCUCUUAACUGGAUGUCUAACUUCACCAUCGGCUUCAUCUUUCCGUUCCUUCAGAUGUCUGCUGGGUCCUACUGCUAUCUGGUGUUCUGUGUCAUAUGCCUGUCAGUGGCCAUCUACGUAUACUUUGUUAUUCCAGAAACGAAAAAUAAGACGUUUGUAGAGAUUAGUCAGAUGUUUGCUACAAAAGAGGCUGUGGAAGAGAGCCAGGCCCUCACUCACCCUGACCAGCUCAAACUGAAAAAGAUGAAUGGAUACGGCUCCCUGGAAAAUGGUUCACUUGAAUUCGACAGCUCUUCCUCCUGUCCUUAAACCUUAGGAAUUACAGUAGAUCAGUUAUCAUCUAUGUAUUAAAGUGAAUCUUCAAUUUGUGCGCAGUGGACUCAGAAUAACAUAAGAUCUGUUUUUUCCUUAAUCACAGAACAUGAGAUGAAAUUAGUUUUCACAAUCACAUUUCGUUUUAUAAUGAUGCUUAUACACCCAGAGCUUUGUAUUACUUUGGAUGCAAGAACAGUGCCAUAUACAUGUGUUGCCACGUGUAUAUUUUUAUUGAGAAAUUACUUUUUGUCUCUAUUUGUUUAAUGAACGAAAUUCCUUCAUGUAUAUAGAUCUUAUACAUAUUUUUAUCAUUACGAGAGUAUAUAUGUGGUUGAAUCGAUCUCUUAUUAUUGUGAGUGUUAAAUGGCACUGGAUCAUUUAGUAAAGCUCAUGUGCUAACUUGCCACCUUAUUAGAGACUUUAGGCUGAGAUCAAACUUGAUAUUUUGAAUAUUUCUUUGCUUUUCAGAAAUUCUGUUGUUUUAUUUACAGACAUUUUGAACACUGCUACAGUAUAUCUGUAAAUUUGUAUUAGUAC